AUGAAACAAGAUCCACAAUUCUUUGGCAAAAUUCUGUGGAGCGAUGAAUUCACUCUUCAAAAAGGCGGAUACGUUAACAUGCAUAUUCUGCACAGCAAGCAACUCUCAAAUCUGCAUCUAAUGCGAGAAGAAAGAUCACAAUACCAGUUUAAAAUACAUUUUUGGACUGGUAUAUUAAACGUAAAAAUCAUUGAGCCAUUUGAACUGCCUGGAAAAUUAUCUGGACAAAGUUAUUUGAAUUUUCUACAAAAUGAUCUGCUAAAUUUAAUGGAAGAAAUGUCUGAGGAGAGUUCACGUAUACUGAUUGUUCUUGCGGAAGGACGGUAA